AUGAAGACUUACGGCCUCCUCCUGGCUGUUCUGCUCGGACUCUCUUCGGAGAACCUUACAAAGGCCGAAGAUGCCGUUCCUGUUGCCACUGGUACUGGUUCUACUGAAGAAGCUUCGGGUAGCCGCACCACUGAUCACAAAAACAUGGUCGCUGACGCCAUCUUGGAUCCCGACUUGGAGGACGCGGAAGCCAUCCAUCAUUCUCAUCUGCGUUUUCCCAACUUGGAACAAGGCCAAGAUAUAGAUGAGCUUGAAGAUGAACAAGUCGUUGAGCCUGCCAAGGAUCCUCUCACUGAUGAACAAGAUAUCAAGGAAGAUCUGGACAUGGAAGAUCUUGGCUCUGCUUUUAAUAUUGGAUCUGCUACGGCUACCGGUACGGCCACCGGUACGGACCCCAAGGCUAACCCUAACCCUACUAUUGACCUCGGUCUUAAGAAACACAUCAACCCAGACUUGCGCUUGCAGGUCGAUGCCCACGACGAGAUCUCCAACAAGACCAAACAAGAUCAAACCCAUGAUGGGAACACGACGCACUCCAAGAAUGAUCUCCGUCACAUCACUCUGUUCAUCCCAUCCAACACCACCAACCACAAAAUGCCACACAACGCCGUGAACCCCGACCAAAUCAUCAUCAUGGGCGAUGCCAGUACGGAUUUAUUUUCGCAUUCGCUUCCCACCAUGCAAUCCAAAGAGGAGAAUGACCCCAAGAGCCCCCGUCACGAUGACGUCAAGCCGUCUGUGACCAACUACCAAGAACAAGAACAAGAUUCGCACAUCUACGCCCUCAGCAACAAGACGGACGUCGAGUCCAGAUUGGAAGCCAUGAAGCUCAUGGCGUCGAUUGACAAGCAAGUCAAUGCCGACAGUGCGAAAGAAGAUGAUGCCGAAGAAGACACUGAUGACGAACAAGAAGACACCGAUGCAGUCACUGUCCGUCAUGGCCGAAGGUUGGAUCAAACCACUGACUGGUUGAUUGGAAACACACGCAUGUAUGGACGACGAGAGACGGAAAGCCUACCCAUUGGCUGGACUGCGGCCCAAAACUUUUGCAAGGCACAAGGCGGAUCUCUCGCUUCUAUCAAGGAAAUUUGCCCUCCGGAUGGAACCACCAAUCGAAGGCCACUCUUUGGAAUACAGGAAGGAGAUCAGUGGGCCCCAAUUUCCGAUAACCUGAAUCAGGACAUUGGCGCUGGUGAAGAUGGCACCAUCUGGGCGAUUGGAACUCAUGAUUAUGGUAAUGGUUGUUACAGCAUCCAUCGCAACACAGGCGGAGAUUCCUGGCAACACAUUGGUGGAUGUUCACACAGAGUUUCAGUUGGCAGCAGUGCUUACGUAAUCGUGCUGAGCCAUGCGGGACAUAUACAUCAAUGGACCGCCAAUGGAUGGGUGUUUAUACACAGCCCUCCAGCUCGAGCCAUCAGUAUCACCAAGGAUGGAACCAUCUGGAUGACAGAGCUCGUGUCGGGAUCUGCUCAUGGGACAGUCUGGCGCAAACGGCCAGGGGAUGCCAUUUUCUUCGUGUUUGGUGGCGGGGGUGGUCGCAUCUCUGGCACAAGUAAUGGAAGAGCUGUACUUUGUAACCUUGGUAGCUCACUUUGGAGUCAUGCUGGAUCCCAUGGUAUCCAACAGGAAGGUGUCAUGGAGCGAUGUUAG